AUGACUCAAACAAUUAAUUAUUCUAUUCGUCAUGCAGAUAUUUACAAAUAAUUUAAUUCAAUAGUUUUGCUUAUAAAAUAAUUAAUGAGUUAAUGCCCAGAUCAAGGAUUCAAAUAUUGUGUCUUAGGGUAAUGCGAAAACCUUAAAUUAUGCUUGGAGUAAGUUGCCAUUUCAACAGCCUCUAUUUAGGAACGGCAUGCUCUUUAUUGUUGAUGACAUUGUGUACAUACCAGAUUACAGUGCGAGUGAUAGAGUAGAGGAGAAUUAACAAAAGAAAGCAAGUCUUAUUUUUGAUAAUUCUGGCUGCAAAUAUAUGUAUUGAUAUUAGUUGUAUAGAAUUACUAAAAUAGUUUUUCUGAUAUUCACGAUUAAUAGACAUCUCAUAUUUGCUUAUUUUUUGUGUUAUUACUUUGAUUUAUGCUUUUUGAUUUUUUUAGUUUACUUUUUCACAAAGAAGGCCACAGACCUAAAUGUGUACAAUAAAAGCAAAUCAAAAUUAGUGAGAGGUUGCACAUAUGGAUUGUUUAGUUUGUUUACUAUAAUGUUAUUCAUCAAUCUCAUAGUAUAUUACUUGUGGAACAACCAUUGCAGUUGUAUGUACAAAAUAUUUUAGGACUUAGACAUUACAAUUUUUGUGAUCGAUGUUGUGGAAUUACUCUCAUGCAUUAUCUUCAUAACAGGAGCAUAUUUUCUGAAUUAGAAAAUGAAUGCUUUGAUUAUUGAAUAAAUAAUGUUCACCAAUAGGAUGACCGGUGUAGAGAAGACCCAAUAUAUAAAGACUAGAAAUAUUAAAUUGAAAUUCUGGUAUAGAGAGUAUAUUAAUCAAAUAAGGACUUUGGUUUGUGUGACAGCCUUUGGGUAAAUAAUAUAAUGGGGUUCUGAUCUAAUCUAUUUCCUCUAUGAUGGAUCAAGCGAUUAGAAUAAAUGCGAGUUUUUCAUAAAUGUAAGCUAAUUUGAAUGUCAUUAAGAAUAAUUUGCUGAAUCCUUUGAUUGAUUUGUUUAUUUGUCUCUUUGGAUAUUUCUUGCCCUUAUUCUGCGCUGUGUAUUUGUUUUGGUACAAGAAGAAGAAAAUACAAUAUGUGGUAAGAAUCUCAUGCCCCUUAAAUAGAGGAAUCCUUGGAAGUGGAAAGCUUACCAGAACGUUACUAUCACAAAUUGUUAAACAAGUCGAAUAGCUCGUUCUCGUCUACAUAAUAAAAAUGAAAUAAGAAUCAAAUUAUAUACAACAUUCUGCAAGUUAUAUAAUUAAUAAGUAUCUUCAAUUAAUUAUAUAUAUGUUCAUGAUGAGAGAAGAUAUAAUUUCAUUAAAUAUAUUAAAUAACCAUGUCUUGGGAUGCUUAUGUGACAAAUUUGACAGCCAACGGAGCUCUUGAAUAUGCUGCCAUUAUUGGGUUAGAUGGAAACAUCUGGGCUAGCAAUUUCGGUGUCGCCGUCCUUCCUUCUUAUCAAGCUGAGGUACCAGAUGAAAAGAAUCCAGACGUCGUAUCCAAGGUUGCCUAUGAUGAGAAGUAAGCCUUUGUUCACGCUCUCACACACUAAGGAAACUCUGGAAAUGCAGCUGGAGUUAGAGUCAACAAUCAAAAAUAUUAUACAAUUCAAUUCGAUAAUGAUGCUAAGUCAUGGUUUUUGAAGAAGGUAUAUUUAUAACAUGAUAAUCAAUAGAACAAAGGAGGAGCAUGCGUUGCUUGGUCUAACACAGUCGCCGUCUUUGCUUCAUUCUCCCAAACCAUUAAUGCAGAAAAUGGAGCUCCUUAGAAUGCUGCUGAUUGCAACAAACGUGUCAUUGAAAUGGCAAAGUACCUAGCUGAAUCUGGAUAUUGAGUAGUUAUGUUCACAUUAAACAUAAAUAAAUAUUCGCAAUUAAUCU